AGUGACACAGACGCAGACAGAGGGACACAAACGUCUUUAUCGUAAUUUCUCACCUCCUUUCCUGUCAUUUGAACAAUCUCCUCACUCAGUCAGUCCUCACACUUGUCUAUACAAAAAACUCCAUCACUGCUAAACUCUCCCACUCUUCACUUCUCACUUGCUUUACUUUCCUCCUCUAAACAUCUCCCUCCAAAAUGGGGACCAGAAUCCCUUCUCACCAGCUCAAAAAUGGUCUCUUAGUUUCAGGUCCACCCGAGCACCUCAAGGAGAAGCAACCCACAAUGGCAUCACGCGCCGUUCCAUACACUGGUGGUGACGUCAAGAAGUCUGGCGAGCUUGGCAAAAUGUUUGAUAUCCCUGUCCUCGAUCAACACUCGCCUUCUGGCCCUCCUCCCUCUAUACCCAAGCAACCCUCCCGCCCUUCCUCCUCUUCUCAACACAAUAGCGGAUCCGUCCGAUCCGGGCCCAACUCCGGCUCAGUUAAGAAAUCUUCCGGUCCCCUUCCCCUUCAGCCCACCGGUCUCAUCACCUCCGGACCCCUCGGCUCCGGUCCAUUGGGCUCUGGCCCACUCCCUUUGGCCCACCGGAGAUCCGGCCAGCUCGACCAUACUGGCUCCGGGGUUGGAUCCGGCUCUAGCAAGGCUCUCUACGGGUCAGCGGUCACCAGCUUGACGGAGGAUGUCAAGGUAGGUUUUAGGGUUUCGAGGCCAGUGGUGUGGGUGGUAUUAGUGGUUGUCGCGAUGGGAUUGCUUGUGGGUGCAUUCCUGAUGGUGGCAGUUAAAAAAGCGGUUAUUUUGGUGGCAGUGGGGGCGAUAUUAGUGCCCGUAAUUGUGGGACUUGUCUGGAAUUGUGUAUGGGGAAGGAGAGGGUUGUUAGGGUUUGUUAUGAGGUACCCUGAUGCUGAGCUUAGAGGUGCUGUUGAUGGACAAUACGUCAAGGUCACUGGGGUUGUCACCUGUGGCAGCAUACCUCUGGAAUCAUCUUACCAGAGGGUACCCAGGUGUGUAUGUGUUUCCACGGAGUUGUAUGAAUAUAGGGGGUGGGGUGGAAAAUCUGCACAGCCCAAGCACCGCUUCUUCUCAUGGGGAUCUAGGUAUUCAGAGAAAUAUGUUGCGGAUUUUUACAUAUCAGAUUUCCAGUCUGGAUUGAGAGCAUUAGUGAAGGCAGGCUAUGGAGCUAAGGUUGCUCCAUUUGUCAAACCAGUUACAGUAGUUGAUGUAAAGAAGGAGAAUAGAGAUUUAUCUCCUAGUUUUUUACGCUGGCUAGCUGAUCGCAGCCUCUCCAGUGAUGACCGGAUUAUGCGCCUCAAAGAAGGUUAUGUAAAAGAAGGGAGUACUGUAAGUGUGAUGGGUGUUGUUCAACGCCAUGAUAAUGUGUUGAUGAUAGUUCCACCACAGGAGCCUGUGUCAACAGGCUGUCACUGGUUCCAAUGCCUACUUCCAACCUAUGUUGAAGGUCUUGUUUUGAUGUGUGAUGAUAACCAAGAUGCCGAUGUAGUUCCUGUGUAGAUAUCUGGUGUUUCACCACUAUUUGGGUUGUGUCUUGAACUGGAUUGCACGAGUAAAUAGUGGAAGGAUGGUGAGCAGUGGAAUCUCGAGGCUCCCUGAACCACAUUCUCUUUGUUUCCAGGUACAUAAAGUGCAUAGAAAUUGGUCUUGAAAGUGCCAGAGCCAGUAGACUGAAAGAUGAUAUGUGAUUGAAGAGUAAUCUAGUGAAAAGCAUUAAAUAUGCGUUGAAGAUUGUACCAUUAAAUAUGAUAACCAAGAUGCCAAUGGGGAGAAGAGAUGUGCGAAGAAGCUGGAAUAUGUUGCAUCACAAUGGCACUUGGCUCUUUGAUUUUGGCUGAUUUUUGUACAUAAGUUAUAGCAGGGUUGCCGGCAGGGGUUUGGUAACAGCGGCUUCAAAUGAACUUGUAUGGUACGUAAAAUUGUGUAUUUAGGGGCCAAUUAAAAAUAACUGAUGAAUACGAUGUCAUUCUAAAUUCUAAUACACUUUUACUGUGCUUGUAUUAGUAA